AUGUUGCGCUGCGUGUACACGCAGCGGCGGUGGGCGCACCGCCGGGGGGGCUUCGUAACCGGCGGCACCGGUUGGUCCAAGCCGCCACCGCCGGGCCUCGGCCCCGCCGCGGGUGUGGGCACGAAGAAGUCGGAGUGGUGGGCGGUGGACGGGGAGAUGCACGAGAUCGGGGACGGCGUGCCGCAUCGCGAGCGCUUCGCCAUCCCGCGGGACAACCUCCCUAACCGUCGCCGCAAGCAGAUGCGGGAGCAGUUCAUGCGCCGCACCCGCCUCGUUCUCAAAGACUCGGAACACGAAACAUGGUGCAAAAAGUACAUGGAAUUAUACCAAGAACUUAGAGAAAACUGGGAAAGGUUGUACUGGGACGAAGGUUAUUCAAAAAAGAUUGCUGAAUCUCGUGCUAAUUAUGACUCUGCUGAAGAAGAUGAUCUUGAUUUCUCGCCAUACAGCAGGAGAAGGCAGUCCAAUGUAGAACCAAACAAGGACCUUGGCUUUGGGGUGAACAAACAAGGUGAAACGUGGGAAAGGGUUACUCAAAUUCGUGACAAAUUUGAAUAUGACAGAGAAAGGAGAAUGAGAGAACGAGCAUUUGCUCCCAUGAACAUGGAGAACAAUUUUGCUCGGCGUGACCCAAGAUUUAGAAGCCAGGGUGAUUCAUGUUUUGCUCAUACGAACUUGAGUGAUGAUUUUGGCUUGCAUGGUCAAACUUUUGGAAGCCACCCUGAUCGAAGUUACCAAAAUGAGUCAAAUUUCAGGAAUCAGCGUGGUUCAAGUUUCCAAAAUGAACCAAGUAUCAGAAACCAGCGUAAUUUAAAUUUCCAAAACGAACCAAGUUUCAGAAAUCACCAAUAUCCAGAUUUCCAAAACCAAGGUGACACAAGAAGUCAGGCAUUUGAUGAGUAG